CUCUCCAGUCAUAUCGAGGUUCGGCUACAAGAUCAUGGCCAACCAGCUUUGCAGACCAUGCCGCGACCUCGCGCGGCGGCAGCUUCGCGCCUUGAUCGAGCUGAAUUACACCCAGCGCACCUCCGUCGCAGACAUUGCAAGACAUUCGAGACGAGCGUUCCACCAGACCACCGCACGUCGAGAAGAGAAGUCGCAGCCAGCGUCUGCGCCUUCCGGGCUCAGUAAGACUCUCCUCACUAUAGCUAGUGCGAUUUUGCCGCGGAGAGCAGUGCAGCCGUACGCGAUCUACGGUGCGACGGAAACCAUGUACAAGGCCUGCUCGAAGCCGGCAGCGUAUACGAUUUCAGAGGAGCUUCGAAAGAAGGAAGAGGUCCCUAUGACAGAGGACGGCAUGGAGAUUGGUGUCGGAACUGGCGUGUGGUACGAAGAAUUUGGCCUCGUCCCCACCUUCAGCACCUGGUCCCAAGUUACCAUGCUACACCUCUACCUCAUUGUCGUCCGCCUGCGCUGUCUCGAGAAGAACGCCUGGCAGGCCUGGCAGACGCAGCUGGUCAAUCAUUUCUUCCAGCACGCCGAGGACCUGAUGGAGAUCAACCACGGCAUGAAGAGCAGGAUGAUCCGGUCGGGCCAGCUCAACUCACUCUUCCAAACAUGGCGGGGCGUGAUACUUGCCUACGACGAGGGGCUGGUUAAGGGCGAUGCGGUUAUGGCCGCCGCCGUGUGGAGAAAUGUGUUUAUGAGUAGGGAGGAUGUGGACAUGCGGCAUGUGGCGGCAAUCGUUAGCUGGAUGAGGUCGACGCUGAGAUCCUUGGAUCAGAUGCUCGACCCGGCGUUGUUGUAUCAUGGAGGGACCGUGUUCAAGACGCAGCCUACCGCGGAACUGAAGGUGGUGGAUCAGAUGGCCUCUUUGAAUGAUGUGAAGCCAGCGUCUGUUGAAAGCGCUAAGCAGCCAAAAAGCCCGGCCAGUCGCUUCGGGUGAAGCAUUACGGGCACGAUGGCUUGCGUAUAGAGGGCAGAUAAUCAGCAUCUGGCCGCUGUGAGCAAUGUAAUUAUCUGGAACAAGAAGAAGGGAAGAGAAAAUGACGAG